AUGGAAGACUUACAACCACCUAAACUAAUAUAAUAAUAUACAUAUGUCAAAGAUUUAGGAUUCGGAGCCUAUGGGAAAGUAUGCCUUUAUUAAGAUAGACAGGGUAAUGAGUUUGCAAUUAAACUCUUUAAAGAAAGUGGAUAUUAUAAAUUCCUAGAAGAGAAAAAUUGCUUGGUAGAUAUUAAUGCUAGGAAUAAAAAUAGGGCAUUGUACAUUCCCUAAGUUCAUUACAAUGGAAAAUAUGCUUGCGAAGAUAAGGAAGGUUAAAAGAUCCAAUACUUAGUGAUGGAAUUUCUUCCAUUAUCUUUAGAGGAAUUUUGUGAGGAAAAGAAACUUGCGCAUAAUGAGAAUGAUGUCUUGAAAUAGAUUGUAUAGCAAAUGGUUAAUUUGAUGAAAGGUCUUCAUUAGUUAGGCUAUGUACAUCGAGAUGUUAAGCCAGAUAAUUUUAGAGUGAAAGAAAAAUUGGAAAAUAGCAAUGAAUUUUAGAUUUAUCUGAUAGAUUUCGGAUCAGCUAAAAAGUUAGAGAAUGGUGCUCAAGAUCCUAACAAGCAGCAAGAUAAUGUUGGAACUCCUGCAACUUCAUCAAUUUAUACAACUCAAGAUCUGAUUUCACUAUAAGGAGAUGAUUUAAUAUCAGUUUUUUAUUCGGUAAUGAUAAUGGUAGAACCUUAAAAUAUACCUUGGUUAGAAAUCUGUAAUUAAGUUAAUGGAAGACCAACUAUGGAAUAAAAAUAGUAAAUUGUCGAACACAAAAAAAAUAUUGGCUAAUAGAUGUUUGUAAACAAAUAUUUAAUGAUAUUAGCGAAACAAGUUUUAAUGAUAGAAAAAUUUAGAAAAAAUGACAUUCGCUCUUAUUGUGAAAAUUUACCUUAUGAUUCAAUUUGUUAAGCAAUUUUUCAAAGCUUUGUACAACCUUAAAAUCUAAUAGUAAAAAUUCAAAGUAAAGAUAAUGAUGGCUAUGGUGAUCCUGAAAGAAAUCCAGUAUAUUCAAUUUAAUAUAAAAAAGUUGAAGAUAAAUAAUCUGGAAAAAAAUUUAGUUGGAUUUUUAAAUAUGCUAUUUAUUUUGGAAUAGCAUUUGGAGUUUGUGGUAUAUUUUAUUACUUUUACAAAAAUCGCCAAUUCAUUUAAAUUAUCAAAACUAAUUAAGAACCUACAUUAGAAACUUUUACUCCUAAGAAUUCUGAUGCCCAAAAUGGGCAAAUAUGA